AUGAGACCGAAGACGACAAUCACCUGCAGAAGGGAUAAGAGAAGAAGAGAUUCACCCCCAAGGCAACCACGACGCGAAGAUUCGGCCAAAAGAAAGCGGUCACCAAAAAGUGAACCACCGAAUGAUUUCCACCCGACUAUAUCUAUCCUACAAAGUCUCUUUCCCAUUAAAACUCUCAUAAAAACAAAUAGAACAUCUUCUAACUCAAAUAGAAUGUUUAAUCCUCGGGUGAUUAAACAGCUUGCCAAGAUUUUUUCUAUCUUUUCUCUAAUUAUCACAUUAUCUACCAUAUUCUUUCUCAAACAACGUGAGCAAUUUAUCCACCAUGAUUCUCUUAUACUCCAUGCUAAAAAAAAAGAACCUCUUGUUAUGUUACAAGCUCAAAGGUCAACACUUAAUACACUUCAUCACAAUGUUAGACUUUUAAUUUCCAUGCAAGAAGAGAAAUCAGAUGAGGUUGAUUAUGCAAAUCAAAAAGUACUAGUUGUUCCAUUCAAUCUCAACAAAGAACAAAGAAUUGAAUGGUUUAAAGAGAAUCUACAAGAGUUCAAGAUUCUAAAGUUAGAUAGAUUGGCAAAACAAUUCCAUGCUAGAAUCCAUAAAUUUCUCAAAAAUGAAUCGUGUGAGUCACAAUUCUUCAUGACAUGGAUUUCACCAUCAAGUUCAUUUGGUGAAAGAGAGAUUUUGUCUGUAGAAAGUCUUUUCAAGGCUCAACCAAAAGCAUGUUUGACAAUUCUAUCAAGAACUUUGGACUCAAUUCAUGGCUACAAAAUUCUCAAACCAUUUCUUGAUAAAGGGUUCAAAGUUCAAGCUAUAACACCAAACUUGUCAUUUUUGGUCAAAGGUACUUUAGCUGAAUAUUGGUUUGAUGAGUUAAGGGAAGGAAAAAUAGAUCCUGGUGAGAUUCCUUUGUUUCAAAAUCUAUCAAAUUUGAUAAGACUAGUUGCUUUGUAUAAAUAUGGUGGUGUGUAUUUAGACAUUGAUUUUAUACUAUUGAAACCUUUGAUUGGUUUGAGGAAUUGUAUUGGAGCACAAAGCAUGAAUUAUGUUACUAAACAAUGGACUAGAUUAAACAAUGCUGUUCUUAUUUUUGAUAAGAAUCAUCCACUUCUUCUAAUGUUUAUUAAUGAAUUUGCUUUGACUUUUAAUGGAAAUAAAUGGGGGCAUAAUGGUCCUUACCUUGUUUCCAGAGUUGUUGAAAGACUUGGGGAAAAACAUGGUUUGGAAUUUUCAAUUUUGCCACCUUUGGCUUUUUAUCCAGCUGAUUGGAAUAAGAUAGGUGGUUUUUUUAUGAGGCCUAAAGCUAGAAUUGAAGAAAAAUGGGUUGAAGCCAAAUUGAGACAACUUAAUUUUGAGACUUAUGGGGUUCAUCUUUGGAAUAAACAGACUAGUGGAUUGGUUAUUGAAGAAGGAAGUAUCAUAGCAAGAAUUGUAUCAAAUCAUUGUGUCAUUUGUAAGGUGUAAUAGUUUUUUUUUUCUCCAAUGUAUAGUAACACUUUGUGUAAUGUAAAAUCAGCUAGGUUUGCAAGUUGUGAAGGGAUUGUCUUUUAACUCAUAGAUUCUCCACUUGAUGGUUUCAAUUAAGGUUUUAAAUAUAGGUCGCAUCGCAAUCCUUGAUAUUGUGGAUAAUAGUGUACGCCGCCUUAAUCAUCGAGGUUGCAUCAUGGUCCUUGAUAUUGCAGAUAAUUGCAAUAAAAUGUAAUGCAUGCGGUCUUAAUCGCGGUCGUGUCAUUGUUGCAGAGACAUACAAAAAUUUGAUGUUGCAAUUCAGGUUGUCGCUGAUGACCUUUUUGUUAUAAACCUUGAUUUCAAUCAUGUUCGAAAUCAAAAUCCAAUGUAAAUAGGAAGUCUCUAGCUGAAUUUUCUACCCCAAAUUCGAAACUUAAUUCUUCUCAAUCUUAAAAUGAAUAUGAAUCUUCCGCGUCUCCAAAAUCCUAAUCCAGGCAAUCUCCUAAAUUUUUUCUUCCUAGUCAAUUUGUGCUUACCCUUUUUGUCAUUUAUAUUUUGAGAAACAAAAUCUCCAUCCAUAUGACUACCCUUUGAAGCUAACUCACUUUCUCUAUCAAUACCAUAAAAACUUGUGGAUCCAAUCUUCUUGAUCAAGUCCCAAGGGUCUUGAAACUCUCUUUCUGAAUCACUAUCCCACAAAGAAAUAGGCUUAAUAAUAGGUGAACCACUAUAAUAAUCAAAAUGAUUUGACAAACUUGUAUGCUCCAUAUCAAAUAAUCUCCUCAUAGAUGUGCUUCCACCUUUCAUCAAUUCCAACAAACUUCUAGAUUUAGAGUAAGAUGAAGAAGAUGCAGCUGAAGAUAACAAAGAUGGUGGUGAUGAUGAUGAUGUUGUAGACAAAUAUUGAGAUUUUUGGUAUUGAAUAAUCUUCAUGAUUUUUUCCUUUUGAUCUUUUGUGUUGAUAAACCAAUGAGACUCUUCUUCUUUCUCCUCAAUAAUUUCAUGUGACAUGUUUGUGUUAAGGAUUCUAAUAAUUUGUAUGAAGUAAAUGAAUUUAUGUUAUGCAACUCUUUUAAUUUUAUGGAGAAGAAAUAAUAUAAUGGACAAAACUACAAACGGCAUUGCCAUUUGUAAAGAAUUCUAUGAAGCCGGCUGCAUUUGAGAUUUGUUGUACAUAUUGACAUGGAAAUAUAAUAAGACAAGAAUUUGA